AUGUCAACGACUUUCCCAGGACUGGUCCACGAUGCGGAGAUACGUCACGACGGAUCCAACAGCUACCGUUUGAUGCAACUGGGCUGCCUGGAGUCGGUGGCCAACUCGACCGUCGCCUACUCCUCCACCUCGCCGCUCGCCUACUCCACCACCGGCACCGAGUUCGCCUCCCCCUACUUCUCCACCAACCACCAGUACACCCCCCUCCACCACCAGUCCUUCCACUACGAGUUCCAGCACAGCCACCCGGCCGUCACGCCGGACGCCUACUCCUUGAACUCGCUCCACCACUCGCAGCAGUACUACCAGCAGAUCCACCAUGGCGAGCCGGCCGACUUCAUCAACCUGCACAACGCCCGCGCCCUCAAGUCGUCCUGCCUGGAUGAGCAGCGGCGGGAGCUCGGCUGCCUCGACGCCUACCGCCGCCACGACCUGUCGCUCAUGAGCCACGGCUCCCAGUAUGGCAUGCACCCCGAGCAGAGACUCCUGCCCGGACCCAGCCUGGGCCUGGCCGCCUCGGGAGCCGACGAUCUUCAGGGCUCGGUGGAGGCCCAGUGUGGGCUGGUGCUGAACGGCCAAGGCGGAGUCAUAAGGAGAGGUGGUACGUGUGUCGUUAACCCGACGGAUCUCUUUUGCUCGGUUCCCGGCCGCUUAUCUCUGCUCAGCUCUACUUCGAAAUAUAAAGUGACGAUCGCGGAAGUGAAGAGACGCUUGUCCCCGCCAGAAUGCCUCAAUGCCUCUCUCCUGGGGGGCAUUUUGAGAAGAGCAAAAUCCAAGAAUGGGGGCCGUUGCUUGAGAGAGAAAUUAGACCGGCUGGGCCUCAAUUUGCCUGCAGGGAGGAGGAAAGCAGCAAACGUCACCCUCCUAACGUCCUUGGUAGAAGGGGAAGCGCUCCAUUUGGCCAGGGAUUUCGGCUACACCUGCGAAACAGAAUUCCCAGCCAAGGCCGUGGGGGAACACCUCGCCAGACAGCACAUGGAACAGAAGGAACAGACCGCCCGGAAGAAGAUGAUCUUAGCAACAAAGCAAAUCUGUAAAGAAUUCCAGGACUUGCUAAGCCAAGACAGAUCACCUUUGGGAUCUUCAAGGCCCACUCCGAUAUUAGACCUCGACAUCCAGAGACAUUUAACACAUUUCAGUUUGAUCACUCACGGCUUCGGAACCCCGGCGAUAUGUGCUGCUCUCAGCACUUUCCAAACUGUCCUCAGCGAAAUGCUGAACUACUUGGAAAAACACACGGCGCACAAAAAUGGUGCCACGGCGGAAUCCGGCCAAGGACACGCCAACUCCGAGAAAGCUCCCCUGCGGAAAACUUCAGAGGCUGCCGUGAAAGAAGGCAAAACAGAAAAGACAGACUAA